AUGACCAUGAUCGGUGAAGCUUUGAGACUGUCUAGAAGCUCUAAAAAUUUUAACUCAUACGUCUUCGGGAGUGCGACGGCGUACUUCCGACGCGGGAUUCCGGUUAAUGUGAGUGAAUCGGGUCGCCACUAUCACGCGGGUCACGUCAAGACCGUUAUGCGUGGCAACCCUUGGUCGGAGCGGAAAGAUGAAGUGUUGGCGUGCGCGAAUCGUCGAGACACUAGCAUAAAAGGUAUACUGUCAGCCGCAAGACGUGAGGAACGAUCGUCUUCUCCCAUUCCUGCAAAGUCAGAAGGCAUACGGUGCGGGCGACGCACGAAAGCUGUUGAUUUGCUUUCAGCACCGUCAAUCAGCUCUUGUGCAAACACGCUCGUGCGUAUGACGGGAUUACACCCAUACAAACGUCCAGCCCCAAAUGAUGCCAUGACCCUACGCCAUGCGAAAAAUCUUGCCACCCAUGCGGGUGGCGCCAGUGAAGUUGAGUGCGGACCAGGAAUUAACGCACUAUGUUCAAAAAUAGAGGAGCUAUUACGUGUGAAGUCGGAGCAAUUGUUGAUGCUGCGGAAGGAGUUCGGAAACGUGUCGGUUGGUGAGGUGACGGUUUCGCAGGUGCUAGGUGGUAUGCGCGACAUCAUUGGGAUGAACUGCGAAACUUCGCUGCUCGACGCUAACAAGGGAAUUACAUACCGCGGUCUGUCAAUUGCGGAGAUGCUCGAAAAAUUGCCGAGUGCAGCGCCGGGGAACAACUGCCCCUAUUCCGAGGGGGUGAUCUGGCUGCUCCUGACCGGGCAGAUUCCCGACGCCAGCGAAACCAAGGCGCUCUCUGCAGAACUUGCCAGGCGCGCCUAUGUGCCCAUGCAUGUUUACAAGGUGAUCGACCAGCUGCCCACUGAUGUCCACCCAAUGACCCAGUACGUGGUAGCCAUCGCGGCACUGCAAUCCGAAUCCAAAUUCCGCCAAGUCUACAAGGAAAAGAAAUACAGCAAAGAGACUGCUUGGAGGCUAGUGUUGGAUGAUUCUUUAGAUCUUAUUGCCUCCAACCCUUUGAUCGUCGGCUACAUAUACAGGCGCACGUUCGUAGAUCACACCAUCAAGGAUGGAGAGGGGAUGACCUAUGACCCCGAACUCGACUACGCCGCUAACCUCGCCAAGUUGAUCGGCAUUGACACUCCGGAGUUCCGGGACAUGAUGAGGUUGUAUAUAGCGGUGCAUGCGGACCAUGAGGGUGGGAACGUAUCUGCUCAUUCAGCCCAUCUGAUCGGCUCGGCUUUGGCAGACCCUUACUUCUGCUUCGCCGGUGCACUCACCGGAUUGUCCGGUCCUCUGCAUGGGUUAGCUAAUCAGGAAUGCCUUUCGUGGGUCAAAAACAUGGUGGACCAGAUGGAGGGGCAGGAAAUCAACGUAGAGAGCGUGACCAAAUUUGCACAGGAAACUCUGGCAAAGGGACAAGUAAUUCCAGGUUAUGGGCAUGCAGUGCUGCGAGUUGAGGACCCGCGCCACACGGCAUUCGUGAAGUUCGCUCACAAAAACUUUCCCGAUGACCCGCUCGUUAAGGUCCUCGACAUCUGUCUGGAGGCAAUCCCGCCUGUGCUUCUGGCGACAGGGAAGGUCAAGAGCCCGCAUCCAAACGUCGACUGCUCCACUGGCAUCAUACUGUCGCACUUCGGGAUAAAAGAGCCGGAUAUGUACACUGUCUUCUUCGGCAUAUCGAGAGCCAUCGGUAUAUUGGCACAGCUGGUCUGGGCACGUGCCUUGAAAAUGCCCAUCGAGCGUCCCAAGUCCCACACACUGGACAGUUUACUUGAAAUGUGCAAGUAA